CGGUUUUGCUCUUUUCUAGAUAUGUAACGUCUAGUCUGAAAUGAACACUUCUUGAACCUUUAAAGUCGCGGAUUGAUUGCGUCAUGACAUACGUGACAUAAACAAUAGUUUGAAUGAGUCAACUGUUAUUACCAACUUCAUGUUCUAAGUACAAACAAAAGACAAAGGAACAUUAAACUAAAAUACCACCUUUAUCUUUAAGUUACUAUCUGCUUGGAUAUAAUGUGGCUGACAAUAUAGAUGGCGUUAUUAAAAAUCCCGUGAAAGGGAUACAUUUCUAGCAAGCUAACAGUUAGCCGCGUAACUUACAGUCGACAGGCAAUAAUAGGCGAGGCGGGGUAUGCAAUCAAACCUGACAGGACUUUACUGUCACUAAAUAGUUUGUUUUGUACGCCUAAGACGGAUAGUGUGUUCCAGUAAGCCUAACUUGCAUUAUGAUAUGACCAUCAAAUACUGCAUGCAAGGUCGGCACAAACAAGGGAGGUGCCCCGACUCGAAGGUAAGGGGUAAACAAACUGGGGUGUCGUCUUUUUUAAAGAUAAGGAUAGCGUUAACCGUUUAAGCAGGUGGUUGGCUUCCAUUGUUUUUAUGUCAGCUGUUUUGGACUUUGCUCGAGCUACGUGGAACCGCUUUGGGGUAGAAAUGUAGUUAACUUAGCAUAUUUCUUUAUUCUAAGCUGAAAUAGGAAGAAAGCACCGUCGAGUCUGUAACGAGACGUGCUGGGUUGGUAUUGGGAUUAUCGCGGGUUGAUAACUCGGUGAUGGAGGAGAUCGAGGGUAAAGGCGAGACGGGGAGUAGUGGUGGCCGGGAGACGGCAUCCAGCGCCGGGGAGUCAGAUAGCGAUGGCAUCGCUCAUCUGGAUCAGAUGCGGCUGUGUGUGGGCUCUGGGUGCUCCAGGCCCGAGAGUCCCUCUCCUUGCAGUGAUGGGAUUGGUUUACUCUCGUUGCCAUGGGAGAUGGUGACCCGGAUCGCCUCCCACUUACCUGCCCAGUGCAUCAUCAACGUCCUGCCACAGGUGUGCCGUGUGCUAGGUGAGGUUGGCGAGGACGCGUCGGCGUGGCAACACAGAGCCCAGCGCCUGGUGGGGGGCGCGGCCUCCUUCCCCGUGGGGCCCAGGGACCAGCUGGACUGGGCAGCGGCCUGCCUGGAGAUGGAGCAGCUCCUCGGCCUCUGGAGCAGCCUGGGGGAGCGGGGGAGCACCACGGAGGAGGAGAGAGGAGGCGCAGGAGGAGGAGGAGGAGGCGCAGCAGGAGGAGGAGAGAGGAAUGAGGAGGAGGUGAGGAGGCAGCCUGAGGGAGGAGGAGGAGGAGUGGAGGAGAGAGACGUGGUGGAGAUGGAGGUGGAGCGGCGAGAGGAGGUGCAUGAGGAGGAGGAGGACUCACUGCCCUCUCUGGAGCGCUUCUCGCUGCCCCCGGGGCACAUCGCCGACGUCCACUCCGUGCUGCUGUUCGGGGGCCAGGGGGCGCUAUGCGCCACGGGAUCUCGCGACCGCAAUGUCAACCUGUGGGACCUGCGGGCCGAGCCCGAGGGGUCAGGGUUGGGGUCGGGGUCAAGGGUGGGGUCAGGGUCGGGGUCAGGGGGCUCGCGGGGUCGUUUGCUGCACACGCUGGGAGCGUCGGGUGGGGCGGGGGCCCACAGCGGGUGGGUGUGGUGCCUGGCACAGCGCGAGGGGCUACUGGCAUCCGGCGCGUUCGACAGCACCAUACGGCUCUGGGACCUCGCCGCCAGCGGAGCGCCCAGGGGAGUGAUCACCGGCCGCGCGCCCGUCAUCUGUCUCUCAUGGCAACCGGACGCGCUGCUCGCCGGCUCUCACGACAAGAAGAUCAGAGUCUACGACCACAGAGCAUCACAGCCCCUGGUGAAGACUCUGCAGCUCCACAACAGUGCGGUGUUGAGCAUGGAGGCUAACGAGCGCUACAUCAUCUCUGGAGGAAAAGACAACACCAUCGCCCUGUACGAUAGACGCGCCGCUAAACUACUCAACAAGGUCACGCUGGGUUCGUUCCUGUUGUCCAUGUCCUGCUGUGGUCAGGAGGUGUGGGCAGGUGAUAACGUGGGCCAGAUACACACCUUCUCCCUGCAGCACGGAGUCCUGCGUCCAAUCGGCCGGUUCGAUGUGGGACACACACACCUGGUCACCGGCAUACACUACUCACCUGGGAGUCUAUACACCUGCUCAUCAGACCGCACCAUACGGGUGCAUCUCCCUAGCGCCCCCCCAAGGACAGUGUGCACACUGCAGAACCCAACGCCAGUGAACGGGCUGAGUGUGGAGGAGGGGGUGUUGGCCGUGGCGUCUGGUAACAUGGCUGUUGCAGUGUGGAGACCCCCCCAGUGACCCACCCACCCCUUAACCAGGAGCCACAGCAUGAGCUCACAUGACAUGGACGUGUGUGUGUGUGUGUGUGUGUGUGUGUGUGUGUGUGUGUGUGAGUGAGUGAGUUUUUGUGUCACAUUGCUAUUAUUGAGUAUGUGUUUGUGACCUUUCCUGCAGUGUGUGUGAGAGAGAGAAAGAGAGUGUUUUGUGUUAGAGUGUGAGCAUUUUAACCAUGAGCAGGAGCACACACACUAAUGAUGUUCCUGAGAAGACUGCUGUUCAGUCCAUGUACAAUGUAUAUCACAUAUAUGUCUAAUAUAUAGCAGAUUCAUAUACAGCAGUGUGUGUGUGUGUGUGUGUGUGUGUGUGAGCAUGUUAACCAUGACCAGGACCAUAAAUAGCAGAGUUAUAUACAGCAUUGUGUGUGUGUGUGUGUGCGCUAUAUGUAUAGUGCGUAUGGGUUUAUGAUAUGUUCUAUGUGGAAUGUACACACGCCUAUGGUUAUUUCUGGCCAGACUGUCCUGAAGACUGAGGCUCUUUCGUGUGUGUGUGUGUGUGCGUGCUAAAAUGAAGGAGUGAUCACACACAUGCCCUCAUCUCCUGGUUUAUGAGCUGAAAUUGUGCCAUCAGGGCCUGUGUGUGUGUGUGUGUGUGUUUGUGUGUGUGUGUAUUUGUCUGCCUUUAGAACAGCACCUGCUGAAGGGGCGACUCUAAAGCAGAUUUACACAUUCACGUGAGCUUCAGGACAUUGCCUCUCUUUCACACUCUUUCUUCCUCUAUCACUGUCUUUCUGUCCCUCUCUCCCCCUCUCUUCCUCUCUCACUCUCUCCUCCCUCUCUUCCUCUCUUUCUCUUUCUAAGUCUCUCUCUGUCUCUC